AUGAAGCUCUACAGUCUUUGCGUGCUGUCUCUCUUCUGCUUCGGUGCUUUAGCUGCCAGACCUUCCUCCGCCGACAAAUUCCGAACCUACCACAGCCGUUCUCUAUCGUCCAGUCCACUAGACCUCGACGAUACCACGUACGAGAAGCUGACAUCUGCUCCUCGAGACUAUUCCAUAGCUGUGGUUUUCACUGCUAUGGGAGCUCAAUUUGGUUGUAAGCUAUGUCGAGACUUCGCUCCGGAGUGGGAAUUGAUUGCAAAGAGCUGGAAUAAGGGUGACAAGAAGGGGGAGUCGAGAAUGCUCUUCAGCACACUUGAUUUCAGCAGUGGAAAGAACACGUUCCAAGACUUAAUGCUUCAAACCGCACCUGUCCUUAUGCUAUUCCCGCCUACUGUAGGCCCAGGGGCGAAGCUGGAUGCACAACCCAUCAGAUUUGACUUUCAGAGCGCCCCGUCAGCAGAAGAGGUGCACAGCUGGAUCAGUCGUCAUCUGCCUCCUGGGCCUAGGCCUCCACUUGUUCGACCGUUCAAUUACAUUGGCCUCAUCACCACUACAACGCUUGUCCUCGGUCUGAUCACGUUCAUUACCCUUGCGACACCCUACAUUGUCCCUGUAAUUCAGAAUCGUAAUCUUUGGGCUGGCAUCAGUCUUAUUGCCAUUCUACUAUUCACAAGUGGCCAUAUGUACAACCACAUCCGAAAGGUCCCGUACGUUUCUGGCGAUGGUAAAGGUGGGAUCACCUAUUUCGCUGGAGGGUUUUCCAACCAAUUUGGGAUGGAGACGCAAAUCGUGGCAGCUAUGUACGGGCUUCUGUCUUUCGCCACGAUUGCACUCGCCUUGAAGGUCCCUCGCAUGGCCGAUCCCAAGAGCCAGCAAGUAGCCGUUUUUAUCUGGUGCUCUGUCAUUCUAGGAAUGUAUAGCUUUCUGCUCAGCGUCUUCCGCACGAAGAGUUCCGGGUACCCCUUCUGGCUACCUCCCUUCUAG